AUGCUAUAAAUGCCUGCAGGACAGAGAACUCCUGAAUCUUGCCAUGGGAUGGUUUUGCACGCAGAGAGGAUUCCUCGCUUAAGAUGGGUAAUAAGCAGACGAUAUUUACGGAUGAACAGCUGGAUGCCUAUCAGGACUGCACCUUCUUCACACGAAAGGAGAUCCUUCGGUUGCACGGCCGAUACCACGAAUUAGCACCAAACAUGGUGCCGAUGGACUACAAGAGAGACCCGUGUGUGACGCUACCUAUGCAGCUUAUUGUGAAUAUGCCGGAGCUAAAGGAAAACCCCUUCAAGGAACGGAUUGUCCAGGCUUUUUCAGAGGAUGGAGAAGGGAACCUCAGCUUCAAUGACUUCGUGGACAUGUUCUCUGUACUCAGUGAAACGGCUCCCCGGGAGCUGAAAGCAAUCUAUGCCUUUAAGAUCUACGAUUUUAACACAGACAACUUCAUUUGUAAAUCCGACCUGGAGCAAACCCUCAACAAGUUGACGAAAGAAGAGCUGACGGAAGAAGAAGUCACGCUGGUUUGUGAAAAAGUAAUCGAUGAAGCCGACAUGGAUGCCGACGGGAAACUUGGCUUCCCAGAUUUUGAGAACAUGAUUUCCAAAGCACCGGAUUUCCUCAGCACCUUUCAUAUACGAAUCUGAAAAUGCUGGGUGAGCCACUGGAUUGAACUAGACAUCUGUCCUGCCUCUUCGAAUCUCAGGCACUUUGACUGGCUUCUGUGGUCCACUAGGGAAUCUCUGAAUUCUGCAGCAGAGACUAAAGGAAUUGUGGACUUCUGAUUUCCAAGAUCUUUGGGCUACCUAUGGAUUUUGUGUUUUUGUGGGGGGGGGGAUAUCUUCACAGUCGGCCAGCAAUGUUGUCUUAGAAAAGUUGUUGGGUUGUUAUUUUUUUAACCAGAGAAAGUGCUAUUCAAUGUGUCUCCUUGUGAUUUU